GCCGCCGCAGCCCGCCAGCGCCCGCGGGCCGCGGGGAGGACGUCCUUGCACCCGGCGCAACUUGCCUCGGACCCUCAGUGAGGCGAGGGGGCGGCAAGGUGCGGCGCGGGAGCCGGAGCGGGAGGCGUGCGGGCGCCCGAAGCUAUGCCCCCCGCAGGCGGUCCCCGCGCUCAGCGCCCCGCCGCGCUGCCCCGCAACCUGUCCCGCCUGCGCGAGUGUCCGGGUCGCUCCCGCAUCGUGCUGGCGCUCGGGGCCACGCAGAUGGCGCUCGGAUGCCUCAUCGUGGCCGUCAGCUUCGCCGCGCUGGCGCUCACCACCUCGGCCCGGGUCCGCCACUCCUGUCCCUUCUGGGCCGGCUUCUCGGUGCUGUUAUCGGGACUUAUCGGCGUGGUCUCCUGGAAAAGACCCCUCUCCCUCGUGAUAACCUUUUUCAUGCUGCUGUCUGCAGUCUGUGUAAUGCUGAAUUUGGCUGGUUCAAUUCUCUCCUGUCAGAAUGCUCAGCUGGUAAAUUCCCUAGAAGGCUGUCAGUUGAUUAAGUUUGACAGUGUCGAGGUGUGUGUCUGCUGUGAAACGCAGCAUCAGUCAUCUGGCUGCAGCAACCUCGGGGAGACGCUGAAGCUGAGCCCACUGCAGGAGAACUGCAACGCUGUGAGGCUGACGCUGAAGGAUCUCCUCUUCAGCGUGUGUGCCCUCAACGUGCUCUCCACCAUCGUGUGCGCGUUGGCCACGGCCAUGUGCUGCAUGCAGAUGGUCUCCUCUGACGUCCUGCAAAUGUUCCUUCCACAGAGGUCCCUUUCUGCCAGCGCGGCCUGCCUGACGCCUCACGGCACCAUUCUCCAUCAGACCCUGGACUUCGACGAGUUCACCCCUCCCAUCCCGCCCCCGCCAUACUACCCCCCGGAGUACACCUGCACACCCACAAGCGACGCCCAGAGGGGCCUGCACCUGAACCUCACUCCCUCUCCGUUCAGCACUCUGUAUGACGUUGCCAUCAACAGCCCCGGCCUGCUCUACCCUGCUGAGCUCCCUCCACCAUACGAGGCCGUGGUGGGUCAGACCCCUGCCAGCCAGGUCACGAGUCUAGAUCAGCAGGUGACCGAGUCUAGCUCGGAGGACCCGAACGCCACGGCCGGCUUCGGCUCCCAAGAGUCUGCGGACAGCAUGUGCCUCCCAACGUCCGAGGGUGCCCUCAUACCAGGCCCGAGCCACCCCUCCCCGGACAGCCACAGUGCCCCAUCUGUCACCCACCUGCCCUGCCACUCAGGGCGUGUGGCCCGCUCUGCCAGCGACCCCACCUCAUGUGUAUCCCACCUCGCAGGUGAUGCCAUUUCAUAUGCACCCUCAGGCAGCCAAGAUCUGGAAGCAGGAAUGUCACGGGCGGCUCUAGUGACCGUUCCCACGUCUCGCUCCGUUGUGGCGUCCUCUGCACAUCAGCCCCAUUUUUUACCAUCUGGAGAACAAAGUGAUGCCUGGAAAGUUGCUCAGUCGCUGAAGCCAGAUGCCCCGCAGACCACGUCAAAGGAGCAGCCGCACUCGUGGGUGGACAGUAAGGCCUACUCGGACACCAGGGUACUGGUGGCAAAGCUUCUAGAACACACGCACUGCGUGUCCCCGGCCCAGGUGCAGCACGUGGUCAGCUCCGUCCACUCCACGGUCCCCUCUGAGGGGCACUCGGUGGAGGAUGGCCUCCUCGGUGCGAAUGUCUUAGACCAGGCCUGAAGGACACCAGGGCUGGACAGCCAUGCGGAUGCCCCAGUGCCACAGGUUGUUCCUGCCAGAAGCCGCUGCGCUUGGGGGAGAGGCCCUGAGCCCCGACUGGGCAGCGGACAAUGAUGGGGACUUCUGUGAGGUCCUCGGGGAGGCUUGGGCAAGAACUCGACGUCCCUCAAUCUGUUUUCUUGGAAUGACAUUUCCUCCAAUUCCCACCAUCAUGAACUCUGGAUUUACCAGGCACGGACUCCUGGAACAAACCAGAAUUACACAAAAACGAGUACAGUGUUAGGUGGCACUCCUGUCACUCAAAGACUAAAUAUCUUCAAAGUGAGGAUCAUCAAAAGCAGAAUUAUCCCCCCACCACCCCAACUUAAUUCCAUGUGCUGUGGUUAGAGGAUGACAUGGAGUCAUGAGACCAUUUUCCUAUGUGGUUUGUAUCACUCUCUAGUCAAACCAUGAUAGUAUCCAAGCUUUAAGGAAAAUGAGUCAUUUUAGCAGAGGUGACAGUGGGAAGCCAACUUUUUUGCCCCCAGGGCCUUGGGGCUGUUGUGCAAACAAAGAUACAGCCUGGCUGCUCCCGGGGGGCAGAGGAUGAUGCAGGGGCUGCUGUGGAUCCCUCUCUCAGCCCUCUCUAACCCUUCCCCACUUUCUCUCUGGGUUCCCUCUUUCCACACUCACCCUUUAGCUGGCUCAAGGAGGGAGCAGAUACAUUUGAGUUGUCGCUUGUCCCCUAGCAAUGAGCACCUGUUCCAAGCCAUUAGUUAGGGGAUUUUCCCUUGACCUGACCCAGGACCCUUUGGCCCUGGUGGGUGGAGGUCUGGGGGGAAAGAGGCUGUCUCUCCAGAUGUAUGUACCUCCUGAUAACCCAGGUCUCUGAUAUCCCAGAAUGGUCCCUUCCCAGCCAGAACAGCAACAAACACUUCUGCGUUGGAGGAUGUAGGCUGUAGGGGCAUUUAUUUAGUCUGUUAUCUUAUGUAGAAGCAGGACACCCUCAGCCUUCUCUGAGGACACCUUGGGCAUUUGGUUUUCUUGCCACUCCCUCCUCCCGUCCCCACACCCAUGGCACAUUCCAGCAACAUCUGCGGGUGCUCUUUCCAAAAAGUGCCCAGUGAGCAGUGCUAUCCUUGAGAAUUCUCUGCAGUGGUGGAAAUGCCUGGAUCUGCAUCACCCAAAACUGGCAUGUGAGGUCGUUGAGCCCUUGACCUGGGGGCUAGUAGUGGGUCUGAGGAAGUGCAUUUACAGUUUACUUAACUUCGAUUUCAACGGUCACGUGUGGCUGGUGGCUCCUGCAUUGGUCGCUUCGAGUCUAGUCCAACAGCUCACUGGCCUGGCGAGAUCUGCCUGCCCCCACCGCCACCCAAUAUUCAGCGCUACCCCACUUUAUCUCAUGCGCUGGGUUGGGCUUCCAUGGGGCUGGACGCUGGGAAGGGACAGGCAGGAGCAUUUUCCAGCCAGAUGCCUGGAGCUCCCUCCCUCCCUGGGAGAGCCCACGUGUGGGGGCCAGUGGGGGCCCCAGCUGCAAGCAUUUUUAUUGUUUUAUGGAUAUUAUUGGAUGGACAUUGCCUCUCAGAGGUUAGAGAGCAGGGAAGUAUAAAUUGGAAACUUUGAAGGUGGAAACCAUGACUUUCCCAUGAAAGACAGACUAGAGAUGAACUGAUGAGCACUUUAUUCAGACUGUAAAAAAGGGGAAAUCCACUCUCAUUUUUCUCAAGUGAGGGCUUUUGAAGUCCCACAAAGCAAGUUUGCAGUUCAAGUUAAUUGGCGGUUUUUCAGAGUGGCCUCCCCCAAGCCGUCAAGCGAAGCCUUCACUGCCCCAAGUCCCUGCCCUCUGACCCAAGGGCACUGCCAGGGUCUCUGGGGGAGAGUUGCAGGGGCUCUGCCUGCUUAGUGGGACCCACCUCAGGCUUGGGGCUCCACACAGCAAGGGCCCUGGGCUGAACCCGAGUUCUCAGACCUGGCUGCAAUUCAAGUGUGGCCAGCCCCCCUCCCUUAACUCUGUCUGUGAGGGUCAGUGGGGAGCUGGGGCAUUCUUGUUUUUCACUUGCAGCCAUGGCCUAUUCCCCUGCUGCCUUCCCUUCUGCUCUCUGCAGUAGACAGUGCACCUUUUCUGCAGUUUGGGAUCUGUGCCCCAGGCUCUGCCUCCCCUGGAGUGCUCUGCCCAGGAAGCCUCCAGCCUCUUAUUGGAAAUGCUUUUCCAUUCGCACAACCCUCUCACACUCAUCUGUGUUUGCUCUCAUAGCAAUUCGUACUUUGCAAAUGAGGAAAUGGUUCCUAGUUUUAUAUCACUGGCCUGCAACCUGGCUGAUCUCCUCCUUGAACAAAGGUGGCAGGGCAGUGGUGGGUGCUGGUAAGGUGGCCUGGCUGUGCCCUCCUCAGGCCGACCUUCUCCAGGCCUCGGGUGGCUCCAUUGCAUCCAGGAGAGACCCAGGUUCCAGGAAAGGCCUCUAGGAGAGAGGGGUGCUGGUGGGUGACUGGACUCCCCAGCCCUGGUGCCUCCACCCCCGGGCUCUGCGGCAUCCUGGGAACCAAGAGCCCCAGCAGUGAGCACCCAGGGCCUCUGGUCAGGAGUAAAGCUGGUUUCCUCCCUCUCCGUCCUGUGGUACAUCUUUUCCCACCUUGGAGCUUUUCCAGUUCUUGCUCUUUUUGUAUCUGAAAUGGACCCAUCUGUGGCUGGUUUGGGGAUGAUGUUCUACCCCUGCUUCUCAGCCCCUGUUUGCCCUGCUCUGCAUUAGCAGACUGUACUGGAAACAGAGGUACAAGGACACCCCUUUGCAGCGCUGCCACUGGGUCCUGAGCUCGCUCCCCGCUACUCCAAGAGGAUUUGACCCCAACCACGUGGUCAACGAGGAGGGAAAGGGGAACAUACCAUCCAAAGGACUCAAGGUUCUUCCUUCAGCUGGAAGACAAUGAUACCAAGUGAAUGCUUGUAACAAGUCACGUGAUGAACAACUUCUUUCAGAUGGAUUGUUUUUUUCUCCUCUCAACUGUACUGGUUCACAGAUGCUAGUAAGGCAGACUUUAUACAAAAUUGUUUUCAAGCCACCCAAGACCUGUUUGUACCACCUGAAGGUUGUAUUUAUUUAACGUACCUCAAAGUGUUUUAAUAAUGA